ACUUCCGAUUGCCGAGAGAAACAAUCGAGCAGAGGAAGGAAGGGAGACGUGCGUGCGACGGAGGGCGGUAAUAUCGCAAUUCAGCACUAUAAUAUUGAAGAUAUCAAAAUUAGAUUCCACAUUUGAAGCGUUUAAGAUUGAAGUCUUUCAUAUUCAGAUCUAUGGGUUUAUCAGAAUUUCAAUACAUUUUUAGUGUUAACCCUUUCGCGAUGGACUGACAGGCGGAUUCUCCUCAGACGACGCAAUCUACAUAUUUACGUUUUCCAAAGUUAAAGACUUUUUUGUCACCAGGAGGACUUCAAAGUGGAUCUUUAAGACAUGCGGAGCUCUGGACAGCAUUGACCGGCGGUCUCUACAAACAUGGAGCCUUGUGCCGAGUCUCAGGGUGAUCCUGAGAGAGCUCUGCAUCAUGCAGAGAACAAAGAACACCAUGCUGCUCCAGCUGCUCUGAUGCCUAGUGAUGAUGCAGCUCUUUUGACCCCGGGAAGGAUGAGUCAGCGUGGGAAGGAGGCGGGGCUGCACACGCCCAGUAAAGACCUGCUCUCAAGCCCCUCCCUCAGCCCGGGCGUCAGCUACAGUCAUGGUUUUGAUCGUAGCAAAGAGGAAAUUGUGCCUCUUAAAGAGGACUCCUUGCACUCCAUAUCCAAGAGCAAGUCGGAAACCAAACUCUAUAACGGCUCAGAUAAAGAUGUUUCAACUUCUGGAAUCAAACUCACCAAGAAGGAGUCACUUAAGGUGCAGAAGAAGAACUACAGGGAAGAGAAGAAACGAGCCGCUAAGGAACUUCUCAGUACCAUCACUGAUCCGUCUGUCAUUGUCAUGGCCGACUGGCUAAAGAUUCGUGGGACGUUGAAGAGCUGGACCAAAUUGUGGUGCGUGCUGAAACCGGGGGUUCUGCUCAUCUACAAAACCAAUAAGAACGGUCAAUGGGUCGGUACCGUGCUGCUCAACGCCUGUGAGCUCAUCGAGAGACCCUCCAAAAAGGACGGCUUCUGUUUCAAACUCUUUCACCCGCUAGAACAGUCAAUAUGGGCUGUCAAGGGUCCAAAAGGAGAAGCUGUAGGGUCAAUCACUCAGCCGUUACCCAGCAGUCACCUGAUCUUCAGAGCGGCUUCUGAAUCUGAUGGUCGCUGUUGGAUGGACGCUCUUGAAUUGGCCCUGAAAUGUUCGAGUUUGUUGAAGAGAACCAUGAUCAGAGAGGGCAAAGAGGAAAUCGGACAGACCACCGAACACCCCCACAUGAACUUCUACAGUCUGUUGCGAGCACACAACUUACAGGGAUUCCAGUUCAACGACAGCGAUCAGUUUAAAGAUCCCGACCUGUACUCGGAUAAGUCAGACCGAGAGAAUGAGCAGGAACAGGAAGAGUGGGAGAACGAAGUGAUGGAAAAGAGUGAGGAGUCGGACAGCGACACAUCUGAGCGGCAGGAAGACUCGUACGUUGACAUCGACUCCAAUGAGACUCUGCAGGAAACAACGUACAUGGAACAGAGCGAUGAGGAACUCGGAGAGGCUGGUGAGGCAUCACAGACAGAGACGGUAUCAGAAGAAAAUAAAUCUCUUAUCUGGACUCUGCUGAAACAGGUCCGGCCUGGCAUGGACCUGUCCAAAGUCGUCUUGCCCACCUUCAUCCUGGAACCGCGAUCCUUCUUGGACAAACUGUCUGAUUAUUAUUACCACGCUGACUUUCUGUCAGAAGCGGCUUUUGAAGAAAAUGCCUACGAUCGUAUGAAGAAAGUAGUCAAAUGGUACAUUUCUGGAUUCUACAAGAAGCCAAAGGGUUUGAAGAAACCCUACAACCCCAUUCUUGGAGAAACAUUUCGUUGUUUGUGGCUUCACGGCAAGACAAACAGCAAAACCUUCUACAUCGCUGAACAGGUAUCCCAUCAUCCUCCAGUGUCGGCUUUCUAUGUCAGUAACAGGAAGGAUGGCUUUUGCCUCAGCGGCAGCAUUCUGGCGAAGUCCAAGUUUUAUGGGAAUUCGUUAUCAGCCAUCUUGGAUGGUGAAGCCAGACUGACGUUUCUGAACAGAGGAGAGGACUAUGUGAUGAAUAUGCCGUAUGCACACUGCAAAGGUAUUUUGUAUGGUACUAUGACUCUGGAACUGGGCGGUCAGAUCACUGUCACCUGUGAGAAAACAGGCUACAGCGCUCAGCUCGAGUUCAAACUCAAGCCGUUUCUCGGCAGUAGUGAUAAUGUGAAUCAGAUCUUUGGGAAAAUCAAACUUGGAAAGGAGGUUCUUGCAACGCUGGAAGGCCAUUGGGACAGCGAGGUCUUCAUCAAUGAUAAGAAGACAGGGGAAGUGGAGACAUUCUGGAACCCAACGUUUGAGUUGAGACAGAGCCGACUGACCCGCUGCACGGUACCUUCUGAAGAACAGGGCGAGUUUGAGUCUGAGAGGUUGUGGCAACAUGUAACACGUGCCAUCAAUAACAAGGACCAGACAGAAGCGACCAACGAGAAGUUUAUCUUGGAGGAGGCACAGAGGAAGGCGGCACGCGAGCGCAAGGCAAAGUGUGAGGACUGGAUGCCCGUUCUGUUUGACCAAGACCCCGCCACAGGAGAGUGGCAUUACAGAUACGCUGACACUCGCCCGUGGGAUCCGCUCAACGAUCUGAUUCAGUUCGAGAAAGACGGCUGUAUUCAGACUAAAGUGCGCCACAGGACGCCUAUGGUACGUUCAGCCAGUGUAGUUAGUCUCAGUACCCAGCAGGGCACCCGGAGAGACAAUUACCUGAUCCAGGUAACAGGAGCAAAACGAAAACACAAGAGUGACAAACCCAAGAGUCCAGAAAGCGGCUGCUCGUCUCCAGAACCGGAUCAGCAGGACUCAUCAGGCAGCGAGAGGCACAAAAACAAACACAGCAGCCGCAUCAGGAAGAAGGGAACAGAUCUGAGUGAACUCCAAAGUGCCAUCGAGUCCAUCAGACAAACCCAGGAAGACAUUAACAGGACCGUCAACGCCCUGAGGAAUCGAGUGGCGAGUCAGCCGGCGACAGAGAGCUCGUUCCUCACUCAAAGAGACUUCACCAUCAUCCUCUUCCUCAUCUUCCUCCAGGUUAUCCUCAACUAUCUGUUUAAGUAACGCCACCUACUGCCAGGACCUUCAUAAGCCGUCUCAGCUUGAAAGAGGAUGGUGCCGGAAACCGAAACGUCACUCCAUGCCGUCAUCACACCCCCUCCCCUCAUCUAUCACUAUCGAUGUAAUCUCACAACACAUUGGCCUUUUACUUGAUUGGGUUUUUAUAUGAAUUUGUGUUGUGAUGGCCAUUUUAACCCUGCUACCUUCUCUUGAGGAGAAACGUUUUGUGGGAUGUUUUAGAAACGGUUGCAACCCUACACUAUUCAGACUGCAGUUUAAACACAUCACAUACAUUUGAACUUUACUAGACGCAAUUAAGGAUGAGUUAAUCUCACCUGUCAUAUACAUGUCAGGCUCAUAUAUCACCUCAUGAUCCAGAGAAAGAAAUAAGUAAUUAAUAAUUGAAUUAAAUACGUCUUUACUCAAAAUAUAAUUUAUUUUAGUUUUUUGACAUCGUCAUGCUUUUGAGAGAUUAACUUGAAUGUAAAACGUAACAAAGCAAAUCGAUUUUAUGACAGUUUUAUUAAGCGAAUGAAGGAAAUGAAUGACGUUACGAGUUGAGGUCAAUCUUGUAUUAUUUAAAACCGUUUCGGGAACAAAUUCACGGUAAUACCAGAAUAUAAAUUCUGCGUUUCGUACGUUCGAGUUGCUUGUCGACGGUAAUCGUUUUUAUUUAUAUGAACUGUUUCUGAAUGAUACUGAAGCGUGUACAGUAUACAGAGCAUCACAUUAACAGUCGCAUUUAAUAUUAAUAUGAGAAAACAGUAGAUUUAGGCGUAGUUCUCCUGUAGCAGGACGUAAUUUACUGUUGCGUACUCUCGUAGUUGCCACUGUUACAUCAUCUGACUUGAUGUACUUAAGCCAAAUAGUCAGCGAGUAGUUUAGAGGUCUUCACAUGAUGACAUCAUCUGUAUAUAGUAAAUAAUCCAAUUCACUUUUUUAUUUCUAGAGAAAUAUGUGUAUUAGCCAGAAAUGUGUAUCUUGCACACCUGUAGCCCACCGUGUCUUGUUCUGUGUUCGUUCGGUCACCUGAUCACUUGCACAGCGCCCAAUCAGAUGUUUGAAUGUGCUCAUGUCAAUAAUAACUAUUAAAAAUCGAUGUGCCUUUACAAGCAGGUCUUGAAUUGAAGAUGGGCCAGACUGAGUUUAAUGGACUGUUUAUUUCAUACAUUCUCUCUCUCUUUCUCUUCGGAUGAAUGUGCCAUAUUUAAUUUUAGAGAUACUUGUUUCAAGCCCAGCGUAUCAAACUGUCGCCCACUGUGAAUUUUAGUUUUUGUCUUCGAGCUAAAACCUGCCAUAGAUUUUUAAUCUUGCCCUCUUUGUAUUCACAAGGCACCAAUCCAGGGAUCAAACUGUACAAUCCAUCCCUCUUACGUUCAUUCACACCGUGCACUCUUUAGGCUUCUAGUUUGUUAACUUAUGUUUUUUUAUUAAACAGUUUUUACUCCAGGUGAUCCAUGUUUGCAUUCUGGUUAACCGUCACUCGAGAACAUUUCGUCUGUGCACAGAUGAUGCUUUAUUUGUAUUACAGAAAUAACUUCCUGUAAGGUCACCUGUGACAUCUCACCAAAUAAAUGGAAAGAUCGUA